ACCCGGCACUGCAGAGCAGCAGGGGAACGGUUUGGUGGGGACACAGCGCUGUGCGGAGGUGCUGGGAUGCUUCCCUCGUUGCAAGAAUCGCUGGAUGGGGAUGAAAAGGAGCUGGAGAGCAGCGAGGAGGGUGGCUCUGCAGAGGAGCGGAGACUCGAGCCGCCGCCCAGCAGCCACUACUGCCUGUACAGCUACCGCGGAAGCAGGUUGACACAACAGAGAGGUGACAGUGAUGAUGCAAGCUCGGGUGGCACAAAGGCAGAAACUCCUGGUGAUGACUUCAGCCUCUCCUUGGCGGAUACUAAUCUACCAUCUGAAAUGGAGCCAGAGCUGCGCAGUUUCAUUGCUAAGCGUCUUUCCAAGGGAGCAGUCUUUGAAGGACUGGGUAAUGUUGCAUCUGUGGAGCUGAGAAUUCCAGGUUACCGAGUUGGUUGUUAUUACUGCCUUUUCCAACAGGAAAAACUGCUUCCUGAAACAGCAACAAUGGAACCUGAACAUAACCCUUCAGAGUAUGUGGUCUGCUUUUUAGGAGGAUCUGAAAAAGGCCUCGAGCUUUUCAGGCUCGAAUUGGACAAGUAUAUUCAAGGGCUGAAAAAUAAUAUGAAUUGUGAGGAAAGGGGCCUGGAGAACAACGUGAAGUCCUAUCUGAACAGCUGGUUUGAGGAUGUAGUGUGCCCAAUCCAAAGAGUUGUUCUUCUCUUUCAGGAGAAACUCACCUUUUUGCUACAUGCCGCUUUAAGUUAUACUCCUGUGGAGGUUAAAGAAUCAGAUGAGGAAACAAAAAGAGACAUUAACAGGUUUCUGAGUGUGGCCAGUCUUGAAGGACUUAUUCAUGAAGGCACCAUGACAUCUUUGUGUAUGGCCAUGACAGAGGAGCAGCAUAAAUCUGUGGUCAUCAACUGCAGUGGCUCCCAGCCUCAGUUCUACAAUGCAGGAAGCAACCGUUUUUGUGAGGAAUGGAUGCAGGCUUUCUUGCAUGGUGCUGAAGGGGGGAACCCUUUUCUUUUUAGACAAGUUCUGGAGAACUUUAAACUAAAGGCCAUACAAGACACUAACAAUUUGAAGAGAUUUAUCCGGCAGGCAGAAAUGAAUCAUUACGCCUUGUUUAAAUGUUACAUGUUCCUUAAGAACUGUGGUAGUGGAGACAUCCUUUUGAAGAUUGUUAAAGUGGAACAUGAAGAAAUGCCUGAGGCCAAAAGUGUGGUAGCUGUUCUGGAAGAGUUCAUGAAAGAGACACUGGUCUAAAGCGUUGAUCAUGUGUUGGGACCACUGUUUCAUGAGGUUGUAUGUUUAAGCUUCUUGUUUGAAAUUGCUGUUGCUAUUGUUGAUAGGAUUACACAUAAGGUUCUUUUUUCUUUUCAUAAUUUUUUUCUUUAACUUAAUUAAACAUACAAGUUUA